UCAUCAAUCUUUUGGUUCAUCAUGGAGCAGCAGGUGCAGGUGCGUCAAAACAAACGCGCCAGACGCGAGGCUGUCUUGGAGGACUCAUCUGUGGUGGAGGCACCAGCCGCGCAGCCGGCGCCAGCCGUGGCCGCGGCAGCGGCAGAGCAGGUGGUGGAAGCAGAUGUGCCUGACGAUGAACCGGGCAUCACCAAGUUGGAACGCUUGUGUGCCACUGUGGAGCAAAAGGGCGCCGGCCUCUCGAAGACCGACCUGAACGCUUUGUUGGACCAUGGGAUUCAUUGUGUUGAGACGAUUGCUUUCAUGCCACAGCGCAAGCUGUGUGAAGUCAAAGGCAUCGGGGAACAGAAGGCAGCCCGCAUCUACGCAGCAGCCAAGCAAUUGGUGCCGAUGCGCAUGGUGAGUGCUGCCGAGAUGCUGCAGUUGCGCAGAAACAUGGUACAAAUCACCACGGGCUCUGCCAAGUUGGAUCACUUGCUGAAGGGCGGGGUAGAGACCGGGCAGAUUACGGAGGUCUUUGGAGAGUUUCGCUGUGGCAAGACGCAGCUCUGCCAUACCCUCUGCGUAGCUUGCCAGCUACCCAUCAGCAAGGGAGGUGGUGAAAGUAAGGCCUUGUACAUCGAUACAGAAGGCACCUUUCGACCAGAGCGACUGGCCGACAUUGCACGGCGCUAUGGGCUGAAUGAAGAGGACGUCUUGGAAAACGUGACGUACGCUCGCGCCUACAAUGCAGAGCACCAGGAUCGGCUGUUGGCGGAGGCAGCAAGCGUCUUCUGUGAAUCUCGCUAUGCUGUGCUGAUUGUUGACAGCGCCACGGGUCUCUUCCGAACCGACUACAGUGGCAGGGGAGAGCUUGCGGAACGUCAGCAGGCCUUGAACCGCUACUUGCGGAAGCUGCAGCGCAUCGCCGACGAACACGGCGUGGCGGUGGUGAUCACCAAUCAGGUGAUGGCAUCCCCUGAGAGCGGUCCCGCUGCUUACAUGGGACCGCAGGUGAAACCCAUUGGGGGCCACAUCAUUGGCCACGCCAGCCAGACGCGGCUCUAUUUCCGCAAGGGCAAGGGAGAGACUCGGAUUUGCAAAGUGUACGACUCGCCAAGCCUCCCAGAGGGUGAAGCGAUGUUUGCCAUCGACGCAGGUGGAAUUGUCGAUGCGCCUGAUCGAUGAAUCAUGAUGAGUCCAUCCAUGCGCCAAGAUGCAAAUUCAGCACGAAAAAGCCGGGCUGGAACUGAUCUGUUAAUUGAACUCGUGCCCGGCCAAAAAAAGAGGUUUGGAGUUUCAAGCACCGUGUUUUCAGCAAAGCUCAG